AUGCAAAACGGGAGAUUUAAAAGUGAGUUCGGCUACGAGCUAGAGACUUAUAAAUGGGAGCCGGUUGGGGAGCCGAAAUUUGCAAUUUAUCUGAGUCAUGGAUACGGAAAUUUCGCGAACGACUAUGGUUAUCGAAGAGAGUUUAUUCCGAAGAUUCUAGGUCUUGGGGGAGUCGUCUACAGCCAUGAUCACUACGCCCACGGAAAAUCCGGCCCCUUCGAAAUCACCCAUCACGAUCGCUGUCAACUACGAAGCUUUGACGAAGCGGCAAGCGAUCUCUCCUCACGAAUCGAAGCUACCAAGAAAGAAAAUCCCGGCCUUCCAUUUAUUCUUCUCGGCUCUUGUCUUGGUGCGCUACUUGGUCUGAUUGCGAUGAAAAAUGACGAUCUGAAAGUCGAUUCCCCAGAUGGCGACCAAGGCGGAUAUAACGCCGAUAUGGCUAUCAAAACCCUCGAUGCGCAGGCAAAAAUACAAGAAUGGAUGAAUUCGGAGGUCUUGCCGGAAAAUCUUGAGAUUCCGAUUGCAAUUUUUGUCGGCGAAAAGGAUCAAGUAAUCAACCCUGAGUCUUCCUACUUCCUUCAUGACCGGAUUCCUGGAUCCAAGCUGUUUACUUACGAAGGAGCGUAUCAUUCGCUGAUGAACGAGUUGCCAGAAACUGUCGAGAAAUUUUACGAAGAUUUCACUUCCGUUAUUCUCUCUGCUAUCCAAAAAUAA